AUGGCAACUCACACCGUCGAAUUGGCUGCAAGCGACAUACAAGAUGGGCAGAUGAAGGAGAUCGACUUUGGUGCGGAGGACCAGAAGGUCCUCGUCUCCCGUAUCGGGGAUAACGUGUAUGCGACCAGCGCGUUCUGCACCCAUUACGGCGCUCCUUUAGCUAAGGGCGUGUUGGCUGCUAAUGGCCGUGUGACAUGCCCAUGGCAUUCCGCUUGUUUCUCUGUCAAGACCGGUGAUAUCGAGGACGGACCCGCCCGUGACGCGCUGCACUGCUUCACAGCCGUGCUGUCGGAAGACAAGAGCAAGAUCACCGUCACUGCCCCUGUGGAAGAGACAAAGAAGGCGAACAAGGAACGCAAGCCGUUCGCUAGGAGUAAGUAUGCGGGCGCGAAGGAUGAGGGCAAGGGGGUCGUUAUCGUUGGUGGUGGUGCAGGAGGUUUGGGUGCCGCAGAGGCCUUGCGUGAGUACGGCUACACGGGCAAGGUGACCAUGUACACGAAAGAGCACAACGCGCCUAUCGACCGCCCCAAGCUGUCCAAGUCUCUCCUAGACGAGCCUUCCAAGCUUGAAUGGCGUCCCGCUUCCGUCCUCCGGCACACAUUCGGAAUCGACCUCCACACCGGAACAGAAGUCACCGCUGUGGACACCAAGGCGAAGACGGUGACUGUCCAUGGUGAGGCGGUCGGGUAUGACAAGCUUGUGCUUGCACCUGGUAGCUGGCCUAACAGGAUCCCCAUUCCUGGUGCGGACUUUCAGAACGUAUUCACUCUCAGGAACAUCGAUGAUACAAAGAAGAUGCAGGGUCUGAAGCACAAAGGCAAGCACCUCGUCGUCAUUGGUUCGAGCUUCAUCAGCAUGGAACUCGUCGCGGUGGUCAUGAAGAACGAGCCUGCAUCGCUACACGUCAUCGGUAUGGAGACAGUGCCAUUUGAGCGUGUGCUGGGCAAGGAGAUCGGACAGGCGCUCAUGAAGUUCUUCGAGAAGAACGGCGUUACAUUCCACAUGGAGCAGAAGACGACCGCUAUCCACGGCCCGCCCACUGUCCUAGGGCACGUCACCGGGACGCACAAAGCCGAGUCUGUCGCGCUAGGAGACGGCACGGUGCUCAAAGCGGACUACGUCGUUAUGGGUGUCGGUGUGCGCCCUGCGACCCAGUUCCUAGCUAACAACCCCUCAUUCACGCUUGAACGAGACGGGGGCCUGAAAGUGGACACAGAACUUCGUGUACUCGGGCUGGAGGACGUCUUCGCCGUAGGGGACAUCGCCCAUUACCCAGUGGACGAAGUGGGCACUCUGCGCAGAAUCGAGCAUUGGAACGUCGCGACCGAUCAUGGGCGAUCCGUAGGAGCGCUCAUCGCCGGCUCUCCCCACCCGUACGGCAGGAUCCCUAUAUUCUGGUCAGCUCUGGGCCAGCAACUUCGCUACUGCGGCAUAGGGAUCAACUUCGACUCUGUCAUCUUGCGCGGGAACGCCGAGGAGCUCAAGUUCAUCGCCUUCUACGUUCAGGGGGAGACGGUCCUUGCAGUAGUGAGCAUGCAGAACGAUCCUGUGGUGAUGAAAUGCGCCGAGCUGCUGAGGCACGGGCUUAUGCCUAGUGCGACAGAGUUGAGGCAGGGGAAGGAUCCGAUGGAGAUCGACGUUUCUUCGAGUCAUGCGGUGCUUAAGAAAUGA